AAUUUGCUUGUAUUAUUAUACUAUCUCACAAAUUAUCUUUUCCAAAAGAGUUGUAGUUUAUAUUUAAAAUUUUAUUUAUAAUAAACAUCACACACCGGGGCCUGUUGUGGGGUGGGGGGAGGGGGGAGGGAUAGCAUUAGGAGAUAUACCUAAUGCUAAAUGACGAGUUACUGGGUGCAGCACACCAACAUGGCACAUGUAUACAUAUGUAACAAACCUGUACGUUGUGCACAUGUACCCUAAAACUUAAAGUAUAAUAAUAAUUAAAAAAAAGAAGAAAGAAAAUGGAAAAAGAAAAGAAAAAUAAAGAAAAACAUUAAGUUAUUUAAAAAUCUAAACACCCGUCUGUAAAAAUAAUACCUAUGUAUUAUUGCUAUAUUAUAAAAUUUUAGAUCUGGCUACCAUCAUGAAAAAAAAAAUAUGACAUACCAAAGAAAUGCUGAUUCCAGAAAUGUGAAGAUGGUUUAACACAUGGUAAUAUAUUAUGAUAAUCAACUCACUAAUAGAUUUAAGAGGGAAAUAAUAUGUUUAUAAAAUAGUUGUGGACACACUCUUUAAAUAAAUUUAGUACCCAAUUAUAAUAGAAAAUUUAACCAACUAAAGAAAGACUUUCUUUCCCUAAUAUAAUUUGUCCCUUAAACAACUACAGGCAAUCUUGUAAAAAACGCUUAUCAUAUUAUGAGUUCCACAGAAAAGAGGCUUGAAGUAAUCUUGUAUCCUAGUAAUUUAUUUGAGCCUGCAUUACCAUGGAAGCAGGAAUGGAAAUAAAGGAUGAGUUAGGCAAAAAAAGGAAGAGAGCAAAUACAAGACAUAUUUAGCUGGCUGUCACUUCAUAAUCACAGUUGAUUUCUUCGUAUGUGUUUAAAAGGAGUCUGUGAAAUUUCUAUCUCUAUCCAAGGGAAGAAAUAAAAAGAAUGUAUAUAUUGGCUCUCAUCUUUCAUUGGUCAAAGUUUUCAGGGUGUCCCCUCUGUGCAUUUCUCAACUAUAUUUUCUAGCCUCUCUAACCAGCCCCUGGUGUAGCAAGAUCCCGAGAGAGCAGCAACAGCACUUAUGGCAUAAGCAGGGCACAUUGUAAAAAAAAAAAGCAAGGAUGGCCAGCAGUCUGUUUUUGGCCAGCAGCCUGCAACUUCAUGUGCAUUUGUGUGGAUGUUGACAGACUCUUGCAGGUUCUCACACUUCAGCUGCUGCAGGUAAAUCCCAAGACAGGAAAAGAGAGGUGGGUAGUAUCAGGCUUAAUGACCGAGGGGAAAUGCAGUCAGGCUGCACUCAUCUCCUUGGAGCAGCUUCAAGCAGGGUCCAACCAGCUCAGCAAGAGGCAGAGUAUCAGAGUGAUAUGACUCCAGUUUCAAAGGCCUGUCACAUCUCAGUGAGACUCCUCAAAAGAGAAACCACCUCUCUGACAUCUUUAAGAACGCAGUUGGCAAAAAACAAAACAAACCAAUGAAACCUAUAGAAAGUGUUUCUGGGCAAUAUAUAAUGGAGUCUGGUAUAGAGGAUCAAUACAAAAAUAUUUUCACUGUUAUCUUUUUUUAUUAUUAUUAUACUUUAAGUUUUAGGGUACAUGUGCACAAUGUGCAGGUUAGUUACAUAUGUAUACAUGAGCCAUGUUGGUGUGCUGCACCCAUUAACUCGUCAUUUAGCAUUAGGUAUAUCUCCAAAUGCUAUCCCUUCCCCUUCCCCCCACCCCACAACAGUCCCCAGAAUGUGAUGUUCCCCUUCCUGUGUCCAUGUGUUCUCAUUGUUCAGUUCCCACCUAUGAGUGAGAACAUGUGUUGUUUGUUUUUUUGUCCUUGCGAUAGUUUACUGAGAAUGAUGAUUUCCUAUUUCAUCCAUGUCCCUACAAAGGACAGGAACUCAUCAUUUUUUAUGGCUGCUUAGUAUUCCAUGGUGUAUAUGUGCCACAUUUUCUUAAUCCAGUCUAUAAUUGUUGGACAUUUGGAUUGGUUCCAAGUCUUUGCUAUUGUGAAUAGUGCCGCAAUAAACAUACAUGUGCAUGUGUCUUUAUAGCAGCAUGAUUUAUAGUCCUUUGAGUUUAUACCCAGUAAUGUGAUGACUGGGUCAAAUGGUAUCUCUAGUUGUAGAUCCCUGAGGAAUCGCCACACUGACUUCCACAAUGGUUGAACUACUUUACAGUCCCACCAACAGUGUAAAAGUGUUCCUAUUUCUCCACAUCCUCUCCAGCACCUGUUGUUUCCUGACUUUUUAGUGAUUGCCAUUCUAACUGGUGUGAGAUGAUAUCUCACUGUGGUUUUGAUUUGCAUUUCUCUGAUGGCCAGUGAUGAUGAGCAUUUUUUCAUGUGUUUUUUGGCUGCAUAAAUGUCUUCUUUUGAGAAGUGUCUGUUCAUGUCCUUUGCCCAAUUUUUGAUGGGGUUGUUUGUUUUUUUCUUGUAAAUUUGUUUGAGUUCAUUGUAGAUUCUGGAUAUUAGCCCUUUGUCAGAUGAGUAGGUUGUGAAAAUUUUCUCCCAUUUUGUAGUUUGCCUGUUCACUCUGAUGGUAGUUUCUUUUGCUGUGCAGAAGCUCUUGAGUUUAAUGAGAUCCCAUCUGUCAAUUUUGUCUUCUGUUGCCAUUGCUUUUGGUGUUUUAGACAUGAAGUCCUUGCCCAUGCCUAUGUCCUGAAUGGUAAUGCCUAGGUUUUCUUCCAGGGUUUUUAUGGUUUUAGGUCUAAUGUUUAAGUCUUUAAUCCAUCUUGAAUUAAUUUUUGUAUAAGGUGUAAAGAAGGGAUCCAGUUUCAGCUUUCUACAUAUGGCUAGCCGGUUUUCCCAGCACCAUUUAUUAAAUAGGGAAUCCUUUCCCCAUUGCUUGUUUUUGUCAGGUUUGUCAAAGAUCAGAUAGUUGUAGAUAUGCAGCGUUAUUUCUGAGGGCUCUGUUCUGUUCCAUUGAUCUGUAUCUCUGUUUUGGUACCAGUACCAUGCUGUUUUGGUUACUGUAGGCUUGUAGUAUAGCUUGAAGUCAGGUAGCGUGAUGCCUCCAGCUUUGUUCUUUUGGCUUAGGAUUGACUUGGCGAAAGCAAGAGCAAACACGUUGAAAAGCUAGCAGAAGGCAAGAAAUAACUAAAAUCAGAGCAGAACUGAAGGAAAUAGAGACACAAAGAACUUUUCAAAAAAUUAAUGAAUCCAGGAGCUGGUUUUUUGAAAGGAUCAACAAAAUUGGUAGACUGCUAUCAAGACUAAUAAAGAAAAAAAGAGAGAAGAAUCAAAUAGACGCAAUAAAAAAUGAUAAAGGGGAUAUCACCACCGAUCCCACAGAAAUACAAACUACCAUCAGAGAAUACUACAAACACCUCUACGCAAAUAAACUAGAAAAUCUAGAAGAAAUGGAUAAAUUCCUCGACACAUACACUCUCCCAAGACUAAACCAGGAAGAAGUUGAGUCUCUGAAUAGACCAAUAACAGGAUAUGAAAUUGUGGCAAUAAUCAAUAGCUUACCAACCAAAAAGAGUCCAGGACCAGAUGGAUUCACAGCCGAAUUCUACCAGAGGUACAAGGAAGAACUGGUACCAUUCCUUCUGGAACUAUUCCAAUCAAUAGAAAAAGAGGGAAUCCUCCCUAACUCAUUUUAUGAGGCCAGCAUCAUCCUGAUACCAAAGCUGGGCAGAGACACAACCAAAAAAGAGAAUUUUAGACCAAUAUCCUUGAUGAACAUUGAUGCAAAAAUCCAUAAUAAAAUACUGGCAAACCAAAUCCAGCAGCACAUCAAAAAGCUUAUCCACCAUGAUCUAGUGGGCUUCAUCCCUGGGAUGCAAGGCUGGUUCAAUAUAUGCAAAUCAAUAAAUGUAAUCCAGCAUAUAAACAGAACCAAAGACAAAAACCACAUGAUUAUCUCAAUAGAUGCAGAAAAGGCCUUUGACAAAAUUCAACAACCUUCAUGCUAAAAACUCUCAAUAAAUUAGGUAUUGAUGGGACGUAUCUCAAAAUAAUAAGAGCUAUCUAUGACAGACCCACAGCGAAUAUCAUACUGAAUGGGCAAAAACUGGAAGCAUUCCCUUUGAAAACUGGCACAAGACAGGGAUGCCCUCUCUCACCACUCCUAUUGAACAUAGUGUUGGAAGUUCUGGCCAGGGCAAUGAGGCAGGAGAAGGAAAUAAACGGUAUUCAAUUAGGAAAAGAGGAAGUCAAAUUGUCCCUGUUUGCAGAUGACAUGAUUGUAUAUCUAGAAAAGCCCAUUGUCUCAGCCAAAAAUCUCCUUAAGCUGAUAAGCAACUUCAGCAAAGUCUCAGGAUACAAAAUUAAUGUACAAAAAUCACAAGCAUUCUUAUACACCAAUAACAGACAAAGAGAGAGCCAAAUCAUGAGUGAACUCCCAUUCACAAUUGCUUCAAAGAGAAUAAAAUACCUAGGAAUCCAACUUACAAGGGAUGUGAAGGACCUCUUCAAGGAGAACUACAAACCACAGCUCAAGGAAAUAAAAGAGGAUACAAACAAAUGGAAGAACAUUCCAUGCUCAUGGGUAGGAAGAAUCAAUAUCGUGAAAAUGGCCAUACUGCCCAAGGUAAUUUAUAGAUUCAAUGCCAUCCCCAUCAAGCUACCAAUGACUUUCUUCACAGAAUUGGAAAACUACUUUAAAGUUCACUGAUAUCUUAAAUAAGGCAAAAAUGCUCUUUAACAUCUGUAGAACUCAACAUUGUUCUAGCACUUUUAGCUAAUGUAAUAGGACAAGCAAUAUAAACUCAUCUAGGAACUGGAAUGAGAUAGACAAAUUUACAAUAUAAUGAUGUGAUGAUGUCACUGCCUAAAUGAACACUCCUAAAGAAUCAACAGGUACUAUUAGCAUAAGAAAAGAUAACAAGGUUCUUCAUAUAACAUCGAUUUACCAAAAAACAGUGUAUCUAUUGCCAACAGUAAAUUACAAUAUGUAAAUUUAAAAAAUUCUUUGGCCAGGUGUCAUGGCUCAUGUCUGUAAUCCCAGCAUGUUGGGAGGCCCAGGCAGGUGGAUUCCUUGAGUCCAGGGGCUCGAGACCAGCCUGGGAAACCUGGUGAAACCCUGUCUCUACUAAAACUACAAAAAUUAGUGGUGUGUGGUGGCACACACCUGUAGUCACAGCUACUCAGUAAGCUGAGGUGGGAGGAUCUGAUCUUGGGAGGCUGAUGCUGCAGUUAGCCGAGAUCGCGCCACUGCACUCCAGCCUGGGCAACUGGAGUGAGACCUUGUUUCAAAAACAAAACAAAGCAAAAUAAAAAUUAUUUCUGUUGUAGUGAAUAUAUGUAUAUAAAAAUAAAUAUAACAAAAAUGUGGAAGUUAUUUAUUAAAAAGUAAAAGAACAUGAAAAAAACCUGUAUACAUGAAGAGAUGUAUCAUGUUCAUAGAUAAACUGAAUAUUAUAAAAUAUAAUUUCUUUCUAGAUUAAUAUAGUCAAUGCAAGUUGUGGCAAAGUCUUAUUAAAGUUUUGCGGAAAUUGUGAAAAAUGACUUGAAAAAUACAUAUAGAAAAUUAACAGUUCGGAGAUAGGCAAGAAAACUUGGAAAAAGAAGAAGGUAAGUUCUUUACUGGGUAUCAAGAUUUAUUAUAGUGUAAUUAUGAAAAUUGAAAGAAUUUUGGCACAGAAGGAUGCAAUAGACAACAAAAGGGAAUAGUAAGGCAGAAUAUAUUUAGGUAAUUUACUUUUUGUGCACAUGUAAUUUGUCUUAUAAUAAGAUUAUCAUUAGAAAUUAGUAGAUAAGAUGUGUUUUUUGCAGUAAAUUGUUUGGAUAAUGGACUUUUCAUAAGGAGGAAAAUCAAUGUGUAACUUGUAUCACAAAAAAUAGUCCAAAAGGACUAAGAUCUAAACAUUAAGAACAAAAUUUAAAGCUAAGAAAAAUGUAAAUUAUUUUAUAAAUUCAAGGUAGGUGAGGAUUUUAUCUGAAAGAGACAAAAACCACAAAACAUAAAGUAAAAGUUUGAUAAGUUUUAAAUUCCUUGGAAAGAUCUGUUAAUUAAUCCAGCUAAGUUAGCUGUCUGACUCUAGUCUAAUUAUACAUCUAGGCAUUUGAUAAUGAAUACAGAAAGAGUAUUAAAACUAGGAAUAUAUGGAUGAAAAUAAAAAUACUCAUUUUACCUAAUAAAAAAAUCAUGUUCUUAGAUGACAUUCUCAAUGUUGUGAUGACAUCAAUUCUUGCCAAAUUCAGGUAUACAUGUAAGAUGUUAAGGCAAAUAUUGCCAAUUUUUUUCUCAUUUAGAGUAGUUUAUUAUGCUAAGGGCCUGGGAAACAUUUUAGAUUCGGUAAAAAAAACUUACCUAGAAGAAUAAAGCAGAAUGAAUACUAGAAAAAGACUGAAAGAAAAAAAUGUGUAAAGACGCACAGAGUGAGGAACAUCUGUUGGUAAAAUAUAUUAUAAAAAUACUAAAAAGGUAUCCAGAUAAUGAAAAGUUCAGAAACAUGAAAAAUCUCUUUCACUACUGGUAGAAGCAUAUAGUAGGAUAUAGUCAAAGCGAAUUUAGCAUAAAAAUACAUACACUUUAUGUCUAUGUAUCUAUGUACACAUACUUUUUGAUAUGCAUGUAUAACUACAUAUUUCUGAAACAUUUCUAAAAAUAAUCAUAAAAUGAUUACAGAUAUGCAAAAACAGUUAUAGAGCUAUGUAUAGUUUGUUAACAUUAAGAUAAAAGCCUUAACAUUUUUUAUGCUUAAAAACAUUAUAAUGCUUCAAUAUAGCAGAACACACAUUUGUCAUUAAGAGAGAUAUACAGCAGCAUUUCUCAGAGUUCAGCAGAAUAUUCAUAGUUGUUACAAAAAAAAGUUCUUAAUAUUUAAAUAUUUUAGGCAAUGCUGGCUUAAGCGACUUUAACCUUUUUGUUUGUUUUUAAAUCAUAAGCUUUUUCUAUACUCUGUUAGUAUGUAAAAGGAAGUGCUGUAUGUGGAAUUUCCCAAAUUUCCUUUUCUGUGAAAUCCUUUUCUGUUUUAGAAAAUAUCUUUUAAUUCUAAGAUUUUCAGGAAUUUAAUUUGAGAAAUUCUAAUAUUGAGGGAUUAUGUAUCAGUGAGGAACAAUUUCAUUUUUUAGAACAUGUAGACUGGGUGUGGUGGCUCACACCUGUAAUCCUAGCACUUUGGGAGGCCAAGGAGGAUAGAUUAUUUGAGGUCAGGAGUUUCAGACCAUCCUAGCCAACAUGGUGAAAUCCCAUCUCUACUGAAAAUACAAAAAUUAGCCAUGCAUGGUGUUAUGUAUCUGUAAUCCCAGAUACUCAGGAGGCUGAGGCAGGGAGAAUCACUUGAACCUGAGAGGCAGAGGUUGCAGUGACCCAAGAUCGCGCCACUGUAUUCCAACCUGGGCAAUGGGGCGAGACUCCGUUUCAAAGAAAACCAAAAACAAAAAACAAAACAAAAAAAGUAUAGGCACAUGUGUAGGUUUGGAUGGAACAAUAAACACUGCAGAGAUUCAGGGGAUUGUGGCAGAUGGAUGUGAGGCAGGACUAGAUUGCAGCUCUGGACAGACCAGCAUGUGGAUGCUUGUAUUGUGAAUUUUAGCUACAAAUCCACUGCAAGAACAAACCAGUAAUCCCAAGAGGACCCACAGAUCCUCUGAAGGAAGCAGACUGCUCCUGCAGGACCCAGGAGACACCCAAAUACAGUGACUUCCCCAACUGCAGGAGUAGGAAAGGGAGACCCUCCUCUUCUGAACACACACCACCACUGGAGAACUGAAGGUCUGUUUGCAGGAGAAGUUUCUGGCUUUACCUUGAGCUGAGUCAAGUUAGAGAGCUGAGUGAAAUGCAGGGGUAGAGGAAGCAGGGCAGAAGGCCCUGGGAGCUCACUGGGUCCCCAAACAGCCCAUUCCUGCCUGGCACCAUAGUACUCCAUCAGGAGGGUGGCCAGAGGAGCAGGGGGUAAAACCCCCAGGCAGAAGAAAUCUCUAGCUGAACUUUAUAACAAUUUGAACUGGUCAAGAAGCCUCCUGGCCAGAACUCGGGGGAGGAUGUGAAUCGGGCAUGCAGACUUCACAGGUUGGGGAAGAACUAAAGCCCUUUUCUCUCAUGGCUGGGAGGCAGAUAGCCUUGGGCAAGUUUUCAAGCCCAUUUUGCCCUCUGCCUGGAAAUAGAAUCGGGGCUGUCGGCUGGGAGGGGCAUGGUGGGAGUGAGACCAGCUCUUCAGUUUGCAUGGGAGCUGGGUGAGACCUGUGACUGUUGGCUUUCCCCCACUUUCCUGACAACCUGCAAGACUCAGUAGAGGCAGCCAUAAUCCUUCUAGGUACCCAACCCCAGUGACCUGGGAAUCUCAUCCCCAUCCCCCACAGCAGCCACAACAAGACCCACAGAAGGAGAGUCUGAGCUCAGACAUGCCUAGCCCUGCCCCCACCUGAUGGUCCUUCCCUAUCCACCCUGGUAGUGGAAGACAAAGGGUAUAUAAUUCUGGGAGAUCUAGGGCCACACCCACUGCCAGUCCCUCACCACACUACUACAGCUGAUGCUUUCUGGAAAGCACUACCUCCUGGUAGGAGGCCAACCAGCACAAAAAUAGAGCAUUAAACCACCAAAGCUAAGGACCCCCAUGGAGUCCAUUGCACCCUCCAUCACCUCAACUGGAACAUGCACUGGUGUCCAAGGCUGAGAGUCCCAUAAAUUGUUCACAUCACAGGACUCUGUGCAGACAACUCCCAGUACCAGCCUGGAGCCAGUAGACUUGCUAAUAAGUUGUCAUCUCCAUCUAUUACAGUAUUUGCUCUAAUCAUAUUUGACUUAUAUACCUGGGAGCUCCAGUGUUGAGUGCAUAUAUAUUUACAAUUGUUAUAUCCUUUCGAUGAGUGGACCCCUUUAUAUGUUGACCUUCUUUGUCGCUUCACAGUUUUUGUCUUGAAAUCUAUUUUGUCUAAUAUUAGUAUAGCUAUUCCUCUUUUUUUGGCUUCCAUUGCCAUGGAAUGUCUUUUUCCAUCCCUUUAUUUUCUAUCUGUGCAUGUCUGUAUAGGCAAAUUGUGUUUCUUAUAGGCAACUGAUUAGCUAGACUAUGCCUUUUGAUUGGAGAGUUUAGUCCAUUUACAUUCAAUGUUAUUAUUGGUAGUAAGGACUUACUUCUGCCAUUUUGUUAUCUGUUUUCUGGUUAUGUUGUGGACUGCUCUUCUUUCCUUCCUAUCUUUCUUUAGUGAAGGUUAUUUUCUCUGGUGAUAUGAUAUAGUUUCUUGCUUUUUAUUUUUUGUGUGUAUCCAUUGUAUUAUGUUUUUUGAUUUGCGAUUACUAUGAGGCUUGCAAAUACUAUCUUGUAACCCAUUAUUUCAAGCUGAUAGCAACUUAGCACUGUUUGCAUAAGCAAACAAACAAGCACAAAAACUAAACAAAUGAAGACUCUACACCUUAACACCAUCUUCUCAGUUUUUAACUUUUUGUGUCACUAUUUAUAUAUCAUUGUGCUGUCUAUAUCUUCAAAGGUUGCGGGAACUAUUUUUUUGUCAGUUCAUGAUUUAAUUUUUGUACUUUAGCGAGGUUUACACACCACAUUUACAGUGUUAUACUAGUCUGUGUUUUUCUGUCUCCUUACUAUUACCAGUGAGUUUUAUAGCUUUAGGUGAUUACAUAUUGCUCAUUAAUGCCCUUUUCUUUCUGAUUGAAGUAAUCUCUUUAACAUUUCUUAUAGGACAGAUCUGAUGUUGAUGAAAUCCCUCAGCUUUUGUUGGUUUGGAAAAGUCUUUCUCUUUCAUUUUGAAGAAUAUUUUCUCCAGUAACACUAUUCUGGGCUAAAAGUUUUUUCCUUCAGCACUUCUAAUAUGUCAUGCCACUGUCUCGUGGCCUUUUUCCACUGAGAAGUCUGCUGCCAGAUGUAGUGGAGCUCCAUUGUACGUUAUUUGUUUCUUUUCUUUUGCUGCUUUAGAAUCCUUUCUUUAUCCUUGACCUUAGGGAAAUUGAUUAUUAAAUUCCUUGAGGUAGUCUUCUUCAAUUUUACCUGGCAUUGUUUGUUGAGAAAAACGAUUAAUUCCUUUCGAAUUGCGAUAGUACCUUUUUUGGAAAGCAAUUGACCAUGAAUGUUGGUGUUAGUUUCUGGACUCUAAGUUGUGUUUCAUUGUUCUUUUUGUCUACUGUAAUGUGAGUUCUAUAGAAUCCUGAUUAGGGCAGCUUUGAAGUAAGCUUUGAAAUCAGAAAGUAUAAUCCUCCAAAUUUCUUAUUUUUUAACAAUUUCUUUUUGUGAUCUUGUCACUUGGCAUUUCCAGAUAUAUUUUAGGAGUGGUUUUCCAAUUUCUGUGAAAAAAGUCUUCUGGGAUUUGGUAGGGAUUGCACUGAAUAUAUAUAAGUUGACUUUUCACCUAUAAAGACUCUCCUUGUGCUGAAUUUCAGUUCAGCUGGUCAUCGUUGCUUGUACAACUCUGUGAUGAAUUGAAAAUAUAAUUUUGGCCUUUUGUUUCUUUUAUCCUAGUUGUUGGAGACGGAUGUCAUGCCUUUCUUAACCUUGUGUGUUCUGCUCAAAAAUGGAGGUUCUCAGCCAGGUGUGGUUGUUCAUGCCUGUAUCCAAGCACUUUGGGAGGCCAAGAUGAGGGGACCACUUGAGCACAUGAGUUGAAGACCAGACUGGGCAACAUAGGGAGACUCUUUGUCUCUAUAAAAAAAUAAAAAAUAAAUAUCUGGAUGUUUUGGUGCAUGCCUGUAGUCCCAGCUACUCCAGAAGGUGAGGUGGGAGGACCACUUGGGCCCAAAAGUUUGAGACUGCAGUGAGCUGUAAUCAAGCCACUGCACUCCAGCCUGGGUGACAGAGCAAGACCCUGUCUCCCUCCCUCCACCCAAAACAAGGAAGUUCUCACUGGUAUCUUUUAUGUAUCAAGUAACACAUGAUCAUAUGAAAAAUUAAUAAUCCGUGAUUCCUGCCUGUACCAGACAGGUAAAAUUGAAAGCAGUUAUACAAAUAGUAUAUUAACUCCUCAUAAAGACUAUCCAAAGAGAAUAUUAUUAUCAUCUGUAUUUUACAGAUGAUUAUACCAAGGCAGAGAGUAGUUGUAAAAUGAGGUCUGUCUGGAGCAUACCUAUAUGAAGCAGAAAAUCUGGUUUCCUGUCUUGGCAGUCUGACUCCAAAAUCCUCUCUUAGAAACAAUUACACUGUAAAAAUGAAAAAUAAAUAAAAUCCAAGAUUGGAGACUGAUUUUAACAUCUAUUCAUCUUAAACCAUUAAGUAAUCAAAAAUAAAUUAAACAGAGGAAAACGAAACCAAAUAUUCAUAUAGAAAGAAGUCUAGACUCUUCAAUGGAAAAUGUGUUUUUCAAGUGACCCACAAUAGUUACACAAUUGCUGAGCAUUUUAAUUAAACAAUAAAUAUUUAAGUAUUAACUAGACUCAAGAGAAUAACUUAGUGAAAGGCCUAAGCAUGAGUGGUAAGUUUGAUAAAUAUUGAAAAUGGGUCAAAAAGCCCAAAUGGGAAAAUAGGGCUAUUUCCACCUGGAUGAUCUUCCUAAAAUUAAUUUUCCAUUUUGGAAAUUAUAGGACAAUAAUUCCUCCUAUUCAUGAGGGGUGAGUAUGUGUGUAUGUGUGUGAGUGUGUUUGUAUUAAUGAGCUUGUUAACAAUAAGUUAUACAGAAGUAUUACUUAGUAGCAUCCAGGUUUUAAGGACUAUUGGCCUUUUUGAGGUUCCUAAGAAAACCUUGAAUGCUUUUGGUAGGAAAAGUUGGGAUUCACUCUACAUAUUACUGGCGUUGAAAAAAAAUAAAUCUACUUUGGUGAUGAUCCUAGCUAUCCUCAAGCUCCAUUCACCAGGCUAUACAACCAAUGUGUCAUAUAUGUAUUGGGUUGUAAAAUAUCUCUAACAACUGAAGUUGCUGAACACAAAUUAUGGAGAGGUGAAACAAGCUAAAAAUUGCAGAACAAUUAAAAAACUCUUCCUUGGCAUGCUAGUAGAUGAGAAUUCAGCUUUCACUUCAACAUCAGUAUGGAAAAUUUUACCUUACAGCAAGGAUGUUGUGUUUGAAUAGGAGUUAAUUUGAGCUGUUUUGGAAAUUAUCAUGUUUUCCAUAAAGACAGCAUUGAUUUCAUCCAUUAGCAUAUGGAGAUGCUUUCCUGUUUGACAUUGGUCACAGAAUUUAAAAGGAACAAGAACAUUACUGCACAUUCAGGAAUCAGUUACACAUAGAAGUUAAGGUCAGGACCUUAAAGGGAAUCUUGACCAGUCAUAUCAGGCCUACUUUUUAAAACAUUCAGACAUGAUAAAUUUACUACCAAUCAUUUUUUCAAUAACAGCAGUGAUAUAUUUAUUUUUCCCGUGGACACCUACAUUAAGCUUGUAGUCUAUUUUUAUAUUUCAACAUUUUUGUCUUUGAGUCCUUUUAGGAGUUGUUAAACAAUCCUGAAAUUUCCCUUACAGUAUGCUGUUAACAAUUAUAUUUUUUCAAAGUCCUUUGGCAUCAUGAUUGAUUAAAGGAAGUAUCUCCAGUAUAAUUACACUUGCUUAUAAGAAAAGAGUAUUUGAAACUUGAAGAAAAAAAGGUUAGACAAAUUUAUAAUGAAAUACAAAUAAAUAUGUGGUGGGGAGGGGGGAGGGGGGAGGGAUAGCAUUGGGAGAUAUACCUAAUGCUAGAUGACGAGUUAGUGGGUGCAGCGCACCAGCAUGGCACAUGUAUACAUAUGUAACUAACCUGCACAAUGUGCACAUGUACCCUAAAACUUAAAGUAUAAUUAAAAUAAAAUAAAAUAAAAUAAAUAAAUAUGUAUAAUAUAUAAGGCAUUAUUAAUAAAUGUAUAUGAAAUAACUAUCAUAGAAUGAAAUUUAUUGAAGUAAAAAUACAUUCUAAAUUAGAAUAGGAAAGAACUUGGAAACUAUUGUUUAAUAAUAUGUUAUAAAAAUACAAAACUGUAAAUAUUACUCUUACGUUACUUAUUUUGGAAAGGAUAUGACACAAUGGGAAUUUUCAUGUUCUACUCCUAGGAUGAUAAAUCUGUACCGUCAUUUUGGCUGAGUAUGGCAUUAUCUGAUUAAGAUGAAGGAUCACAUUCUAAACCCAGUAUUUACACUCUUAUCUGAAUACAUAUACAUGCACAUGCGUAUCACUGAGUUUCAAUAGCUAAAGUUGAGAAGUACUUGGAAUGUCUGUCAGUCCUCCAAAUGGAUAAACAAAUUAUGGCAUACUUAUACAAUGGAAUACUAUACAGUGAUCAAAAUUAACAAAGAAGACUGACAUGUUUACAACAGGAUAAUACAACAAAGAAAAUGAACAAAUUUGAGCUACAUAGAUAAUAAUACUCACAGAUGUGAAAGGAAUUAUCAAGAUGGAAAAAUACAUUUAGAAUAAUCUUUUACAUAAAGUUUGGAAAAAAAAUUUUUAAUACAUUGUAAUUUGUUACAUUGGUGAUAAAACUCUACAGUGAAAUAUAUGAAUGAUCAUCAUAACAAUUGGGAUAAUCAGGAGGGAGGAAAUAAAAGGGAAAUAUCAACAAGAAGACAUAUAUUGGGAGUAUCUGGAUUGCUGGCAAAUUCUAUUUUCUGACCAAGGUUUGGUAACAUCAAUGUUAAUGUUAUAAUUUUUUCUUACUGUUUUUAGGUUUUGUUACUCUCUGUAUGUUAUAUUCCCCAAUAAAAAAAUGUUAAAAAAGCAAAAACAUAAAGUACAUUUCUACGUAUAAAAUCAGGGUGAUACAGCAUAUUCUCACAGAUACCAUUGUAAUUAGAGUUUUUGCUGAAUAAAGGAGAAUAGAGCAUUAUGGUACUAAGAAAUACAAGUUAAAAUUUAAAACUUUUCUUUUUUUAUUUUGAGACAGGGUCUUGCUCUGUUGUCCAGGCUGGAGUGCACAAGUGCAGUCGCAGCUCAAUGCAACCUCUGCCACCCGGGCUGAAGUGAUUCUCUCAGUUCAGCCUCCAGAGUAGCUAGGACAACAGGCGUGCACCACCACGCCCUGCUAAUUUUUUCUAUUUUUGGUAGAGAUGGGAUUUUGCCAUGUUGCCCAAGCUGGUCUUGAACUCCUGUGCUCAGGCAAUCCACCUGCCUCAGCCUCCUAAAAUGCUGGGAUUACAGUUAUGAGCCACCACACCUGGCCCAAAAGUUUUCUUAAAUUAAUUAAAAAAGAAGAUAAGCAAGAACUGUAAAUCCACCUUCUUAAUGCUAAUAUGAAUUUGAAACAUCAAAAUUUGAAUAUUUAUGAUUGCUAGACACCUUUAUUCUUAUUUCCAAUUUAAUUAUUCAUAAUUCACAUUUCAGUGUCAGAAAGUCAUGAAUUUCCAAUAAACUAUAGUAAGAUGGAUAUUACAUAUAUAGACCUAUUAUCCCAAAAUGUGUCUCUAAAUGAAAUAUGUAUAUUCAUAUUGUUAGCAUUCUAAUUUCACAAUACUAUUCAUGUGUACACCUGCAUUUUGGGUUAAAUAUUUUGUUACUAUAUUUUUUUUGGUUCUGCAUUAGAGAAGAAAAAUCAUAGGCAAAUUUGUUAAGGUGUAAAACAUAUUUAGCAUGAUCUUUGAGUAUGUUUGUGCAUACAUAAUGCUACUUUGACUGCUAUAGUAAGAUAACAGAUUUAGUCACCAUAGCUAAGAAUGUGAAAAAGCAUUUACAAGAAUUUGGCUUGCUAAUGAUGCUAUUAAAAGAUGAAAUAAAAUUGAUAUGCUGUAUAUUGCAUAGAGUAUUUGUCUAUUUUCAUAUUGAAAACUACACAAAAAACCCCCAAAUAGAAUCCUAAUUGUUGGAGAUCACUUUUGCUAUGAAUUUUUAAAGUGUAAUAAAAUAAAAAAGCAAAUAAAUCAUUGAAAAUACAUUGGUUUUACAUUAUUCUUGAUGAAAUACCACAUGAGGGUAUUUGCCUAGGCCUGAUGCUGAGAAUAAUAUAAGAAUCAUGAGGCCAUGAAGAAUAAUAAUAUUGUUCUCUCAUUACCUUGAAGUCUAGUACUUAAAAAACAAGACUGAAAUCACAUUUAUCAAAUAGCAUUCUCCCUUUUACCUGCCAUCAUCAUUAUCAUCAUUAUCUAUAUCCACAUCUAUCUCAUUAAAUGAUUUAUUUUUGAAAUAUUUAAACACAUAAUUUGGAAAAUAAGUAAUUUUAAAAAGAUCAUAAUUAUUGGAAAGUUACAGGAGUAAACAGCAAAGUUUAAGUCAAGCUCAAUACACUUAGAUUUAGAAAUUAAGUGUAGUUUAUUUUACAAUACACUGCUUAAGCAAAUAAUUAUUUAUGGAUGAGCUUAAACUAAUCCUCUUUUCACUAUGAUCACUAUGGAAACAAUUUAGAUUUUAAUGGAACUAAACCUCACUAAUAAGAAAGACAAAGCAAAUAGCACAUUUUAUGAGCAAGCUUAUAUUUCUAAAGAGAGGGUUUUAGGACCAGAUUGUCAAACAGAGGUAAGACCUCAGAUCUUCUGUCACACUUGAGUGAGUGAUGAUGGAGUUUGAAGGUUAUAGUUCUAUAACCAAAACUAUAUUCACGGAUAGGGAUUAAAUGGUGGAAUUCCAUAGAAGCAUCAGAUUCAGUUUUGUUUCCAUGGGAAUAAGUUCUUCAAUGUUUGAUAAACUUGUAAGUACUGUUUUACUCUUUGAUCUUUUAAAGAUUGUUAUAAAUGAAGCCUUGAUUUCUGCUUAUAAAAACAGUAAAAUUUAAAUCGUGGAAUAGAAUGGUGGAGCUGUGGUUGAGAUACUAUAUUUUAUUAAUUGUAAUGACAUUUUCAGAUCCAGUGCUGCUCACUGAAUUUCCCUAUAAGGUGAGUUUGUGGUGAUGACCCAGCAACAGACAAGCUACUAUCCAAAAAAAGCUACUCACAUCAAAUCAAUUUCCGGUUUCUUCCAAGUUGCAGGAGAAUGCCUAGACCAUGAUUUUAAUCUCUUCUGUGACCUUAGUAUUACAAAAAGAAGAAAAUUGUGACCAUUUUCAUGUCAGGUAUACUAAAAAUUUAUAAAAACUCCUUUUGAAAGAACUUGUGAGUAGCUUCACUAUGCCUGGCUAACAUUUUCAUUUAUUGUAGAGGGAGUUUCGGUGUAUUGCACAGGCUGGUUCUUGAACUCCUGGGUGCUCCUGCCCCAGCCUUACAAAAUGUUGGGAUUAUGGGUGUGAGCCACCCUGCCUGGCCAAUAAAGAGACUUAUUGAAAAUAUUAAGUUGAAUAUGCAAGAAGGAAUACAAAUUAAUGAAAGUGGUAAAUAUGUGCAUAAUUGUAAAUGAAUGUUUACUGUAUAAAAUAAUAAUGUCUUGAGGGUGAUUAUAUAAUUGAUAAGACAUAUGCAAAUGGCAAAAGAUAGACUGGAGGUAAAGGUGACAGGAGUAAAUUUACUUGAAGUAGUUUUUGAACUUUUCUGUGUCUAUGAGGAGAUUUUGAACAAUGACCCUGUAAUUUUACCCAAAGGUAUAUAUACAGAGGAAUUGCAUCAAAUGAUAUAUGAAAGAAUUCUCUAGUAGAAUUAUUCAUAACUUCAAAAAAGAAGCUGACCAAAUGUACGUUAAGGAUGGGUGAAUCAUUACAUUAAUUCCAUGCAAUGGAACAAUAUAGAGAAGUGAAAAAAAAAACACAUGUACUUGCAACUAUGUGACUAAAUUUCAGAAACAUAAUGUUGAGUCCAAGACGCCACAAACAACAAGAACAUGUAGGAUUGCACCUACACAGAGUUCAAAGCAGGCCAGACCAAGCGAUGGAGUUUAGGGUUGCAUACCUAGUUGGUAAAGUAUGAAGAAAAUUAAGGAAAUAAUCAAUAUAAAUUAUGGAUAUUGCUUAUCUCAGGAGAUGUGAAGAAGGGUUUAGGGACUUGGAAAGUGGCAUGGAGGUGGACCUAGGCUGUUUUCAGUGUUCCUUGUCUUGCUCCACAUAAUGGUUACUUGAAUGUUUAUGAUACACUGCGGUAUUUCCCAUUUUUGUUUUGGUUCAUUUCUAAGUGUGCAUUAUAAUUUUAACAUAAAAAGUUUUAAUUAGGAGAAACGUCUCAUAGAAAUUAUUAUUACUCGUCUCAUUAUAUACUGAGGGGAAAAAUAAACUAUUGGUAUACAUUCUUAUACAACUCUAACAGAGUUGAAGUAAGAACUUUCUUAUUUAGUUGCAACAUGAGGAAAUUUGAGAUGAUGUUAUUUGCCACCCCAGAUUUUUCCAAAGGAUUUCUUCUAGCCUUAAUUAUCCACCUCACAGGAACAAAUCUUUGCCAUUCCCCAUCUAUUUUUUCUUUUGGCUCCUGAAUUCCUGACACAACAAGGUUGUACAUAUUUCCCACACUCUUGGUUUAGCAGAGUUCUUUUAUCAGUUAAUGUUUUUCUGCAAGAGAAACCCUUCAAAACUACAUUAGAUAUUUAUAUAUCACAUGGCUUUGGAUUUUGUUUUUCUAAAUGGGUUUGUUGGAUGGCUCUGGUGACUUGAGAUGGGCCAAAUUCUGCAUCUUGGAGGUCGUUAGAUUUUGGCCAAUUUAGUCUGGAUCAGGUGGGGGGCAAUCUGCCUUCAUUAGUUUCUGAUUCUCCUUCUGGGAACAGUUUACUAGCCAGGUCAUAUUCUCAUAGUAAAUGGAAAGAGGAAGAACACCCAGUAUGGAAGCCAUCUCAAAUUUCUAUGCAAAGUGUAUUAAUUUUCUGUUCAUCAAUGUAAGUUAAAUGAUUGAACUCCAAGUUCAGGGGAAAGGUAGUCAGUCUUCGUGUGAUAGGAGGAUACUGCAAGAUUAUAUAUCAAAGGGUCUGGUACUCAGGAAUACUUAUAAAAUUGCUGAACAUUUUAAUUAAAUAACAAAUAUUUAAAUAUUAGACUUGAGAGAAACUUUACCAAAGGCCUAAGAAUUAGAGAUAUGUUUGAUAAAUAAACAUUAUUCGUGGGCUGAAAACCUUGAGUGGGAAAAUAGGACUAAUUUCACCUGGACAACCUCCUGGAAACUGAUUUUUUAUUUUGGAAAUUAUGAGAAAAUAAUUCGUUCCAUUCAUAAGUGGUGUGCACAUGUGUGUGUUUGUGUGUGUAUUUAUGAGCUUGUGAAUAAUGAAGUUACACAAAAGUAUUAGCAGCAACCAGAUCUUAUGGAGUAUUGGCCUGCCUGUGGUUCUCAAGUAAAUCUUAGAUGCUUUUGAUAAAAGAAGUUUGGAUUCUGUGUAUUUAAAUCUGGCAUUUAAAAAAGUCCAUAUUGGUGAUGAUCUUAGUUAUGAUCAAGCUCCCUUUAAGAUUUUAGACAUUUACUAUACGAUCUACAUAUCAGGUUAUAAAACUUCCCAAGCAACUGAAGUCGCUAAAGACAAAUGAUGGAGAGGUUACACAAGGAAAAAUUGCAAACACUGGAAGUGAACAUGUCCUUGUUUGCAUACUAGCAAAUGAGAAUUCAGGUUUCAUGUCAAUUUCAGUAUGAAUAAUUCCAGCCUAUAACAAGAACAGAUGGUGAAUGAGUCAGUUAAUUUGAAUUGUUUUGAAAAUAAGAAUGUUUUCCAUAAAGAGAGCAUUGAACUUAUCCAUUAGCAUGCCAUGGUGAUUUCUGACAUGACACUGGUCACAACAAUUAAAAGUAAAAAGAAUGUCACAGCACAUACACAAAUCAGGUGCAUAUACAAUUUAAGGUCAGGAUAUUCAAGCAAUCACAACCAGUGAUAUUACACCAGCAUUUAAAAAAUUUCUUUUUGUCUGUUCAAACAUGAUAACUUUUCUGCCCAUCAUUUUUUCCAUUCUAAUAGUGGUUAUAUUUGUUAUUGGAAAUUUUGCUAAUGGCUUCAUAGCAUUGGUAAAUUCCAUUGAGUGGGUCAAGAGACAAAAGAUCUCCUUUGUUGACCAAAUUCUCACUGCUCUGGCGGUCUCCAGAGUUGGUUUGCUCUGGGUGUUAUUACUACAUUGGUAUGCAACUCAGUUGAAUCCAGCUUUUUAUAGUGUAGAAGUAAGAAUUACUGUUUAUAAUGUCUGGGCAGUAACCAACCAUUUCAGCAGCUGGCUUGCUACUAGCCUCAGCAUGUUUUAUUUGCUCAAGAUUGCCAAUUUCUCCAACCUUAUUUUUCUUCGCAUAAAGAGGAGAGUUAAGAGUGUUGUUCUGGUGAUACUGUUGGGGCCUUUGCUAUUUUUGGUUUGUCAUCUUUUUGUGAUAAACAUGGAUGAGACUAUAUGGACAAAAGAAUAUGAAGGAAACAUGACUUGGAAGAUCAAAUUGAGGAGUGCAAUGUACCAUUCAAAUAUGACUCUAACCAUUCUAGCAAACUUUGUACCCCUCACUCUGACCCUGAUAUCUUUUCUGCUGUUAAUCUGUUCUCUGUGUAAACAUCUCAAGAAGAUGCAGCUCCAUGGCAAAGGAUCUCAAGAUCCCAGCACCAAGGUCCACAUAAAAGCUUUGCAAACUGUGACCUCCUUCCUCUUGUUAUGUGCCAUUUACUUUCUGUCCAUGAUCAUAUCAGUUUGUAAUUUAGGGAGGCUGGAAAAGCAACCUGUCUUCAUGUUCUGCCAAGCUAUUAUAUUCAGCUAUCCUUCAACCCACCCAUUCAUCCUGAUUUUGGGAAACAAGAAGCUAAAGCAGAUUUUUCUUUCAGUUUUGUGGCAUGUGAGGUACUGGGUGAGACAGAAGCCUUCGUCUCCAUAGAUUCACAAGAGGGGCAUUGUGUGUCUUCUAGCAGAAAACAAACUGGUGGUGUAUGAAACAUUUUGUAUUUCUUACUGGGUUUUCUGUAAUAUAUGUAUAUGAAUAAUUUCCAAAUGUACACCUAGAAAAGUCUUUUACCUAAAGUUAGUCUAGAAAAGUAUAUAUAUAUAGAUGUGUGUGUGUGUGUGUGUAUGAAAAACUGAGGAACGUUGACAAUAACAUGCUUUUUAUUGUUUUUUUCACAAAAACUGCCAAAUUAUAGAAAAUAUGACAAAAAUUCCUCAGAAUUAUGAAGCCAUGUUUAUUUCAUACAUGUAUUUUAUAUUUCAUUUGCAGAAUUUAUAUCUAUUUAUAAUAAGAACUAACAGCUUAUCUCAGGAAAAAUAUUGCUCUUUUCUAUUGUUAUUUGAAUGACACAAAUAUACCACAGUGUGCUUAUAAUCUGUUGUUUUAACCUAUAACUUUCUGAUAAUAAGGUCGUUCAAUUCUUAAUCACCAAUGAGGAUGUAUCUUCAGGGUUUUAUUCCAUUAUGAAUUCCUAUUUUAUGUUUAGUAAAAAGCAAUCAGAAUUAUUGUUACAAAACAAUGAACACAAUAAAAUUUGAGUGACAAGUAUACGUAGAGUAAAUUUCAUGUAUGUGUACCAUAAACAGUACUGAGGAAUAUUAGAUUUAAUACAAGUAUGUGAAUAGCUUAGAAAAAAAUCUCUGCUAUGAGAGGGAUGAAAAAUGAUCAUGAUCUUGAUUGCUAUUAUCAGCUUCCAUAUGCAGUUAGAAAAGUCAUUUCUUCCAGCUUUUCAAUUAAAGAAAAACUUUUUUUGAAAUUGAGCUCUGAUGUAAAUUAUUUUAGUAUUUUUUCUAAAGCACUUCUAAGCCCCUGAAUUGCUAAUUAUAUCCUUAUCUUCCAUUUUUAAAAUUCCUUCUAAACUUCAGAUAAGAGAACUCCAAUCUUCUGUUUUCUAAAAAAAAUCUGUCAAUGUGAAAAUAGUAUAAAAAUUAUGGAAAAUAAUUCAGUGAAACUUUUUGUAAGUGUUAAAAUAGUAUCUAUGAAAUCUGUGUAUUAAUUAUGGGAUUUGUCCUAGUGUAAUUUUGUUGUCAAUGAUUAAAUGGAAUUGUCUUGACAUAUUCAUUAAUAGGAAGUUCUAUUAUAAGAAGGAAAUGUACAGUCUUGUUUACAGCUAAAUUCUAUAUGGCUGUAUUAAUUCUUGGUGUUAUGAAAUUUUAACAAUGUUGUUCAGACCUUAAGAUAAAUCAUCCCCACACCUGAUUCAUGUAUUUUUUAGAAUCAUGUAUCUUCCUCAGUACAAUGUAAGAACCAUAAAAGAAGAGAUCGUGUCUGUCAGGCUUUCUGUUGACUCCCAGGACCUAGAACCCAGCACAAAGAAUAGAUGGUCAAAAAUGAUAUUUUAAUGAACAAAUAAAUGGGUGGAUAAAAUGGGUAAGUUGAUGUGGUAAACCAAUGAAAGGGAAACUCAUCACAAAAUCUGCAGUUGCAUGAGUUCCCCUGUUCUGGUCUCAGGUUAAGAUUACAGGCUUAUCCAAGCAGAGUCCUUCCUCAGAGGAAAAGUUUGGCUAUUCCACAAUUUUAGGGGAAAUAUCACAAUAAUAUAGUCUUGAUGUAGCUGUAUCAGGUGUCUGAAUUGGAGACAAGGUAGAACAUCAAAAUUAGAUGCCACUAUUACAAUAUUUUAAAAAAGCAUAUAAAAGACUUUGGUCUAUUUGCGUAUGUAUUUUUUUCUAUUGUGAAUUAUAUAUUUGUAUUAUGAUAUUUUCUAGUUGAUUAUCAUAUAAAAAUGGCAUUUCAAAAAAUUGAGUUAGUAACCAGCUACUUUACUAAAAUGUUUUUAACGUAAUACCUGAUAUUAAAGUGAUGACAUUUAUAUGGAAGGCCAAUUCAAGACAAAAAUGGCAGGGACAUGUGGAAAUUGAGACAAGAACCGAUGUGAAACAAUGUGUGGUGAUGUGUGGUAUGACUCUGCUGGCAGCCACUUCACAGUGAGGUGAGACAGACAGCAUGGUGGUCAUCAGAUGCAUGCACUUGACUCCCAGAACUUUUCCAGAAGGGCUACAAAGGGAAACCACAGCUGGCAUUAGUCCAUGGAAGAGAGAGAGGAGGGAGAAUGUAUCUGCUCAGCUGUCGUUAGUCUUCUGUUUCCCCUUGGGCAGGGUUUCCCUGAGUUAGAACUACCAUCUCUGUUGUUCUGUCUUACUUCAUCGAGUCCCUUGGUGGUGGUCAUGAAAGUCAGACCUCAUGCCCACAGUGUGGUGAUGCAUUCAAGUCCCAAAUGGAAGGAUGAUCUGGAUCAGGCAAGGUGCUGACCAGGGGAACAGGAGAUAGUGAAGGGAAUCUGAGAAAGCACAUGUUUGUGUCCAAUACCACCACUCCUUGUGCCACUGACACAUGCUCAUACCCUCCAGUCAUGGCUGGCUUUAUGAGCCUAUGACUUGCACAGUUGUACAGGGUUUUGUGCUUAUAGGGGCUUGUUCUUAGAGGGACUCUAUGCUUGGAUUAAUGUUCUGCACUUGCUGUUUGGCUUUUCAGACAGAGUAUACUUCAGCAUUCCCUCUGCUGAAGAGGGAAUGGUCUUACACUAAUUCCAUAGGGAUUUGCUCUCCCCUCUCCUACAGGCUUGUCAGAGACGUGCACAGAGUCCUAUAAUGCCCACUAUGCAUGCCUCUAGCAGCUUUGAAUUCCGCUGGAUCAUCUGGAACAGUGGCCAGAGCAGCUUGGACCAGAGCCUAUAUCUUCUGUAGAGCCCUCUUUAGUUCUGGGCUCCAUUUGAGACCAGUAGCCUUUAGAAACAUCGUUCGUGAGUCAGAGCAAUAUUCUCAAAUGUGGAAUAUGUUGUCUCCAAAAUCCCAGUAGGCCCCCAAAACAUAGUGUCUCUUUUGUAGUGAUAGGAAAUAUAUAGAGAGAGCAAAAUGCUGUUUACUGUAAAAACGAUUGUCUCAGCAUGUGGACUAGGGACACUGAAAACCUUAAAACAUCACCUGUGUUGUCGGUCCCUGAAUCUUCUCUGAUUUAUCUAUUUUCUUCUGGUAUUUUACUUCUGCUCAAUGUUAUAAUAUUUUACUAUACUUAAGAAACUUGCCAUUUUCUGAUUAUUGUACCAACUCAUGUAUUAUUAUUGGUAUUAUUUUGAGACAGGGUCUCGUUCUGUCCCUGAGGCUGGAAUGCAGUGGCAGGAUCACAGCUCAUUGCAGCCUCAACCUUCUGGGCACAAGUGAUUCUCCCACUUCGGCAUUGCUGGCAGCUGGGACUGCAGGGGCACAACACCACACCUGGCUAAUUCUGGUAUUUUUUGUAGGGCUGGGAUGUCACCGUGUUACCCAGGCUGGUCUCAAACUCCUGGGCUCAAGUGAUCUGCCUGUGUCGGCCUCCUAAAGUGCUGGGAUUACAGUCAGAUGCCACAGGGCCCGGUCUAUAAUAUUAUCAAUACAUUAAACUGGCAGGAUGUUUUAAAAAAUGUGAAUUAAACUGAGAACAGAAGUGACAUAGCCCUGACAUACAACAGUGAAGCAGUGCUAUUAUUCUUACAAGGCAAAUUGUUUUGAUUUUCCCUCAUAAUGGGUGUAGAUUAAGAACCAUUCACCAAAUCACCAGCCCCAUAAAAAGUACCAGAAGCUCUGCUCUGCUCAGUGAAGAUAGCACAUCCUGGAAAGCAUUUGUGAGUGUUGAUUUAAGUUUAUGGUAGUCUGCAUUCAUUCUAUAACCCAUCUGGUUUUGGUAGAGGCCAGAUAGGUUAAGUGAAUCGGGUUAUAGAAAAGACUACCAUCCCCUGUAACUUUCAGGUGUUUUGUCAUGACAGUGACCAGUUCCAUUCCUUAGGGAAUGCGGUUAUUAUAUUUUAUAUAUUUUGUUGCCAGUAGAGGAGAAUUUCAGAGGCUUUCCCUUGGUCCUGCUAUAAUAAUGUUCCUUACUGUACAGUUCACGAAGAAUGUGAGAGUCCUGCCAGCUGCCAUACAUAUCCAUUUCAAUUCAGGAACAGGUAAUAACUACAAACUGAUUAGAUCCACCUUGGGAUGGACAUGAGCCGGAGCUCUAGGUAGCAUCUGACCUUCAAAACUCCCACUGCGGGCUGGAUGUGAUGGCUCAUGCCUGUAGUCCUAGUACUUUGGGAGGCCAAGGUGUGAAGAUCCCUUGAGAGCAGGAGUUCCCUGUGCAUCAUAUGGAAACUCCGUCUCUACAAAAAUUUUAAAAAAUUACCUGGCAUGGUGGUACAUGCCUAUAGUUCCAAAUACUUGAGAAGCUGAGGCAGGAGGAUUGCUUGAGCCCAGGAGUUCCAAGCUGCAAUGAGCUAUGAUCGUGCCACUGUACUCCAGCUUCGGUAACAGAGGGAGAUGCUGUCUCAGAACAAAAAAAAAGGUGGAAGUUCUCACUGGUGUCAAAUAUCAAGAAAAACAGGAUCAAAUAAAUAAUUAACAAUCUUUGGUUCCUGCUUAUAGCAAACAGGUAAAAUUGAAAGUAGUUACAGAAAUAGUAUAUUAACUCCUAACAAAACUAACCAAAGAAAGUUUUAUUAUCAUCUCCUUUUUGUUGUUAUUUUGAGAUGGAGUCUCGCUCUGUCUCUCAGGCUAGAGUGCAGUGGCGUGAUCUCGACUAACUAUAACCUCCGCCUUCUGGGUUCAAAUGAUUCUCCUGCUGCAGUCACCGAGUGGCUGGGAUUAUAGGUGCGUGCCACCACCACCUGGCUAAUUUUUAUAUUUUUAGUGGAGACAGGGUUUCACCAUGUUGGCCAUGCUGGAUUUGCACUCCUGACCUCAGGUGAUCCACCUGCCUUGGCCUCCCAAAGUGCUGGGAUUACAGCCAUGAGCCACUGCGCCCGCUUUUUAUAGGUGAUUAUACUGAGGCAGGAGUAGUUGGAAAAUGGAGUCUCAGAGCAUAGCUAUACCAAGCAGGGAAUAUGGUUUCCUGUCCUGGCAGUCUGACUCCAAGAUCCCGUCUUAGAAACAGUUAUGCUAUAAAAACUGAAAAGAAACAAAAUCCAGGAUUGGAGACUGAUUUUAACAUCUAUUCAUCAUAAAUCAAUAAGUAAUCAAAAAUAAAUAGAGAAAAGUAAAAGUGAAUAUUCAUACACAGAGAAGUGUAAAUUCUUCUAUGGAAAACAUGUUUUUUUAGUGCCCAAGGAAUAGUUAUACAAUUGUUGAGGUUUUUCCUUUUCUUUUCUUCUUUUUUUUUUUUUUGAUACGGAGUCUCGCUCUGUGCCCAGGCUAGAGUGCAGUGGCGCCAUCUCGGCUCACUGCAAGCUCCGCCUCCUGGGUUCACACCAUUCUCUGGCCUCAGCCUCCCUGAGUAGCUGGGACUACAGGUGCCCGCCACCAUGCCCAGCUAAUUUUGGUUUUGUAUUUUUAGUAGAGACGGGGUUUCACCGUGUUAGCCAGGAUGGUCUCGAUCUCCUGACCUCGUGAUCAGCCCGCCUCGGCCUCCCAAAAUGCUGGGAUUACAGGCGUGAGCCACCGUGUCCGGCCAAAAUAGUUGAGUAUUUUAAUUAAAUAACUAAUAUUUAAGUAUUCUCAAGAGAAUAACUUAGUUAAAGGCCUAAGCCUUAGAGAUUAAGUUUGAUAAACAUUGAAAAUGGGCUGAAAAGCCCGAGUAAGAAAAUUAAUUUUCAUUUUAGAAGUUAUAGGACAGUAAUUUUUCCAAACCAUGAGGGGUGUGUAUGUGUGUGUGUGUGAAUGUGUUUGUGUUAAUGAGCUUGUUAACAAUAAGUUGUACAAAAUUAUUAGUUAGCAGUAACCAGUUUUCAAGGAAUAUUGGCCUUCCUGGGCUUCCCAAGAAAACCUUGGACACUUUUGGUAGAAAAGUUGGGAUUCACUCUCCAUAAAUCUGGCAUUGAAAAAAUGAUUCAACAGUGGUCAUGAUUCUAGUUUUGACCAAGCUACAUAUAACAGUGUAGGCAUCCAAUGUAUGAUUUAUGUAUUAGGUUGGAAAAUUUCCCUAACAACUCACAUUGCUGAACGCAAAUUAUGGAGACAUUAAACAAGGAAAAAAUUGCAAAAUGAUGAUUAAGUGUAUGACUUGAUUUGCAUGCUAGCAAAUGAGAAUUCAGCUUUCACAUCAACAUCAGUAUGAAAAAUUUUAUCUUAUAACAAGCAUAUAGUAUUUGAAUAGGAGUUAAUUUGAGCUGUUUUGGAAAUUACCCUGUUUUCCAUUAAGACAGCCUUGAACUCGUUCAAUAGCAUUCCCCGGUGCUUUCCUGUUUGACAUUAGCCAGAGAAUUUAAAAGGAACAAGAACGUUAUUGCACAGUCAGAAAUCAGGAGCACAUAGAAAUUAAGGUCAGGACCGUAAAGGGAAACUUGUCCAUUGGUAUUAGGCCUGCCUUAAAAAAUUCGGACAUGGUAUGUUUACUACUCAUCAUUAUUUUCCAUAACAGUAAUGGUAGAAUUCGUAUUUUCUCAUGGGCACCUUCAUUAGGCUUAUAGACUAUUUUGAUAUUUCAACAUAUUAUUUUCUUUGAGUCCUUUUAAUGAGUUGUUAAACAAUGCUAAAAUUUGCCUUACAGUAUACUGUUAACUAAUCAUAUUUUCCCAAAGUCAUUUGACAUAAUGUUUGGUUAAAGGAAAUAUGUCUAGUACAAUUACACUCUAGGAUUGUAAUCCUAGAAUUGUAAAUCAGUGCAAUUACUUUGAGUAUGGCAUUAUCUGAUUAAGAUGAUGGAUCACAUCUGAAGACCCACUAUUGCACUCUUAUCAGAAUACAUAUACACACACAUGCAUAUCACUGAGUUUUAAUUGCUGACGUUGACAAGUCUCUCAAAUGUCCAUGGGUGAUAAAAUAGAUAAAUAAAUUAUUGCAUACUCAUACAAUAGAAUACUAUACAGCAAUCAAAAUGAACCAACUAGAGAGACAUUUAUAAAGAAUGUUAAUAAAAAGGAAAAUGAACAAAUUUGCACUACAUAGAUACGAGAGAUAUUAAGAUGGAAACAUGAUUCCGUAUAAUUACAUUUAUAUAAAGUUUACAAAACUAUAUUUUUAAUGAAUUGCAAUUUAUUACAUUGUUGUCGAAAUUCUAAAGUGAGACCCAAGAGUGAUUAUCGUAACAACUGGCAUAGUAGGGACGGAGGAAACAAAAGGGAAAUGAUAUCAACAAGAAGGCGUAUAUGGGGAGUGUCUGGAUUGCUGGUAAAUUCUACUUCAUGACCAAGAUGUGGUAACAUGACCCUUAAUGCUAUAAUUUUUUUCUAUACUGUACAUUCAGGCUUUAUUAAUUUAUAUAUAUGUUAUGUUUCAUAGUAAUGAAAAUAUUUAAAAAGCAGAAUCAUGUAAUAAACGAAUGAAUAUAAAAUAGGCUGAAAAAACAUUCUUGUGACACCAUGGUAAUUAGAAUUUUUGCUGAAUAAAGAAGAAUAGAGCAUUAUGAUAGUAAGAAAUCCAAGAUAAAAUUUUAAACUUUAAAUUAAUUUUAAAAAGGAAGAGAUAAACAGGAAGUCUACCUCCACACUCUUAAUGUUAUUCUUAUUUUGAAACAUCAGAUUUUGCACAUCUGUAUUUUGCUAGACACCUUUUUUUCUUAUUUCCAAUUUAGAUAUUUAUGAUCACAACAUUUCAAAGUGGCAGAAAUUAGUGAAUUUCCAAAAUAUUAUAGUAAUAUAGAUAUUAAAUAUACAGGACAAUUUUCUAAAUUUAUCCCUAAAUGAAAUAAUUAUACACAUAUUUUUGCCAUUCAAAGUUUAUAAUACCAUGCAUGUGUACACAUGUGUGAGGAAAAAUAUUUUGAUACUACAAAUUUUUUGAAUAUUACAGGAGAAUUAGUAGAAAGAUAAUUUUGUUAAGGCAUAAAACAUAUGUAGUAUAACUACUUGGACUGCUAUAAUAAAAUCACCCAGAUUUUGUGACAGUAGCUGAGAAUGUAAAUAAGCAGUAGAGAGAAUUUAACUUGUUAAUGAUGCUAUUAAAAGAUGAAAUGAAGCUUAUUCACUCUAUAAUUGCAAAGAGUAUUUGUGUAAGUUCAUAGGAAAGUGGAACAAAAUUAAACAGCCAACAAGAGAGUAUUCUUUGCUGGAGGUCAAUUUUACUGUAAUUUUUAGAAUGUGGUAAAAGAAAAAAAAUAGCAAGUAAAUCAUUGGAAAUGUGUCGGUUUUGUAUUAUUCUUGACGAAAUAUUAUGUGAGGGUAUUUGUCUAGGCCUGAUGCUGAGAAUAAUACAAGAAUUGUGCCAGGCAUGGUGGCUCAUGCCUGUAAUCCCAGCACUCUGGGAGACCGAGGCUGGUGGAUCACCUGAGGUCAGGAUUUCCAGACUGGCCUGGCCAAUAUAGUGAAAACCCAUCUCUUCUAAAAAUACAAAAAUUAGCUGGGCGUGAUGGCAGGCACCUGUAAUCCCAGCUACUUGGGAGGCUGAGGCAGGAUAAUCAAUUGAACUAGGGAGGCAGAGGCUGCAGUGAGCCAAUAUUGCGCCAUUGCACUGCAGCCUGGGUGACAAGAGCGAAACUCCAUGUCAAAAAAAAAAAAUCGUAAAUCCAUGAGAAAGAAUAAUAGUGUUCUCCCACUACCCUUAACUCUAGUACAUUGAAAAGACCCAAAUCACAUUUAUCAAAUAACAUUCUCCCUUUUAGCUGACAUUAUCAUCAUUAUUAUCAUCAUCUACAUUUACAUCUAUCUUAUUAAAUGAUUUAUUUUUGAAAUAUUUACAUACAUAAUUUGGACAACGUUUACAUAAGUUCUAAGAGAUAUCAUUGUGGGAAAUUUAUGUUAGUAAACAGCAAAGUUCAAGUCAAGUUGAAUACAUUUAGAUUUAGAAAGUUAAGUGUAGUGCAGUUUAAAAUACAUUGCUGAAGAAAACAAUUAUAGAUGAUAUUAAACUAAUCCAAGGAACACUAUAAAAAGAUUUUGAUUUUAGUAUAAAUAAAAUUGCUUAAUAAGAAAAAUAAAUAAACCAUUUCAUGAUCAAGCUCUUAUUUCUAAAGAGAGGAUUUUAGGGCUAAACAAAUCAAAUAAGUAAGCCCUCCCCCACAUCUUCUCUAUUUCAUGUAGGUAAUGAUGGAGUUCAAAGGCACAGAGCCCCAUUUCUACAACAUAAGCAAAGUGAAAAUUAAUUCAUGGAAUACAAUGACAUAGCUGUGGUUGAUGAACUAUAUUUUAUCUAUUGCAAUGAUAUUUUGAAAUGCAGUGCUACUCAUUGAGUUUCCUUGUGAGGAGAUUGUGUGGCGAGGACCCAGCAAGACAAGCUACUAUCCCAAAAAAGCUACUUACAUGAACUUAAUUUCCGGUUUCUUUCAAAUUGAAGGUAAAUUCCAAGAUGAAGACUUUAUUCUAUUCUCUGACCAAAGUGUUGGGAAAAGAAGGAAUUUGUUACCAUUUUCAUUUCUAACAUACUAAAACAGAAAACAAAAAACCCCAAAAUCAAAAACACUUUUAAAAAGAACAUGGCGUUAAGAUUAGUUUGUUCAGUUUCCCUGUAGAAAAUAAUUUAUGGAAAGAUAAUAAAAGUUUAUUCUGAACACUAAAACAAGAAAACUAAAAAAUGAAUUAUCAAUAUUGAGAAUCCAAUAGACAGAGUUAACCAGUUAGAUGGAGUAGAAGAGAUAAUUAGUGAAUUGGAAGAUAGCUACAAAGAAUGAAGCACUGAGAGAAAGAUGGAAAAUAUAAGACUAGAGGGAAACAAAUUCAUGCUACAGUUGGAAUAUGUAACAUACUUCUGGAGUUCUGUAAGAUUAGAGGAGAGAAAAUAGAGCAAGAGAAAAUACAAAGUUGUACUGAAAAUACAAAGUUGAACAUGCAAGAAGCAAUAAAAUUAAUGACAAUGAAAAAUAAGUGUGUAAUUCUAAAUAAAUGUUGCCUGUAGAAAACAAUAGUGUCUUGUUGGAUUAAUUGUAUAAUUGAUAAGAUAUAUGCAAAUAGCAAUAAAGAGACUGGAGAUAAAGUGACAGGAAUAAAUUUAGUCAAACUGUUUUGGGCUUUUCUAUGUCUGUGAGUAGAAUUUGAAUAUCAUAAUCAAGGACCCUAAGGAAUUGUAGCAAAUGAUAUGUGAAAGAAUGUUCAUUGUAGCAUUAUUAAUAAUAGCUCAAAAAUAAGCUGCCCAAAUAUAUAUCAAAUAAAGAUGGACAAAUAAUUACAGUAAAAUCAUAAAAUGGAAAAAUAUACAGAAGUGAAAAUAAAUGAAUCACAUGUGCAUGCAACUAUGUGAUUAAAUUUCAGAUACAUAAUGUUGAGUCCAGGAAGCCAUAAAUAAGGACAUACAGGAUUGCACCUAUACACAGUUCAAAGCAGACCAAACCAAGCUAUUGAGUUUAGGAUUGCAUGCUUUGUUCGUAAAGUACAAAGAAAAUAAAAAAAAGAUCAUUAUAAAUUAUGGAUGUUGCUUAUCAUAAGAGGUGUGAAGAAAGGUGUAGGGGAUUGGAAAGUGGCAUUGAGGUAAACCUAGCCUCUUAGCAAUGUUCCAUGUCUCGCCCUACAUAAUGGUUACAUGAGUGUUUAUGAUACAUUGCUAUGUUUUCCAUUUUUGUUUUGGACCAUUUCUAAGUGUAUAGUCUAGUUAUAAAAAUUAUUAAUUAGGAGAAAUGUUCCAUGAAAAUUAUUAUUACCCUGCUCAUUAUAUACUGAAGGGAAAAAUCCACUAUUUGUAUACAUUCAUGUAUAACUCUAAGAGAUUUUAAGAAGAAACUUUCUGAUUUUAGUUGCAACUUUUGGAAAUUUGACAUGAUGUUUCCUGCCAACCCCAGAUUUUUCAACGGGUUUUUCUUUUAGGUUUAAUUAUUGACUUCAUAUGACAAAACUUUGACAUUCUCCAACUAUUUUUCCCUUGUAUCCUGAAUUCCUGACACAACAAGUGUGGACAUAUUUCCCACACUUUUGAUUUAGCAGAAUACCUAUAUCACUUAUGUUUUUCUGCAAGAGAAAAUCCUCCAAAACUACAUUAGAUAUUUGUAUCUCAUAUGUCUUUGGAUUUCAUUUUUCUAAGCUGGGUUUGAUGGUUGGCUGUGGUGAUUGGAGAUGGGCCACGUACUGCAUCUUGAAGAUAGAGUUUGGCUGAUUUAGGCUAGAUCAGGCAGUGGCAUUCUGACUCCAUUAGUUUCUCAUUCUUCUUCUGGGAACAGUGUAAUAGCCAGAUGGUGUCCUCAUGGUAAAUGGAAAAGAGCAAGAAACUCCAAUGUGGAAGCCGUCUUAAAUCUCUGUGUAAAGUCUACUAAUUUCCUGUUGAUUGAAGCAAGUUACAGGAGUGCACACGCAUAUAUAUAUGUGUGUAUAUGUGUGCAUGUGUAUGAAUAACAACACUGACCAUAAAUUAUGAAGCCGAGUACAUUUCACAUAUAUAUGUAUGUUUAUUAUAUGAUAGUUUAUUGUAUGAUAUUUCAUUUGAAGAAUUAUCUCUAUUUAUAAUUAAGAACAUAUAGCUUUUAUCAGCAAAUUAUUGCUGUUUUCCAUUGUAAUUUGUACCACAUGUAUGAACUUAACUAUCAUUGUUUGAACAUCUAAUUUUUUGGAUGGUAAAGACAUUCAACUCUAAAUCAAUGAGGAGAAUGUAUCUUUGGGGUAGGUUUUAUUUCAUUAUGAAUUCUUAUUUUAUGUUGUUGUUAGAUAGUGAUGCACACAAUUAAAUUUGAGUGACAAACAUACGUAGAGUAAAUUUUGUAUAUGUAUACCAAAAACAGUACUAAAGAAUACUAGAUUUAAACCAGUAUGUGAAUAGCUUAGAAAAAAAUUCGUUUGUAUAAUAGGAAUGAAGAAACAUAAUCAUGAUCAUUUCAGUGCUGUUAUAAUUUUUUGUGUAGUUAGAAAAGAGAUUUCUUCCACUUUUUAAUUAAAGAAAGCCUUUUUUGAAGUUGACAUCUGAUGUCAAGUAUUUCCAUUUAAUUUGCUUAGCCACCUCUGAGCCCCUGAAUUUCCAAUUAUCUCCUUUGUCUCCCAUUCCUAAUAUUCCUCAAAAAAUUCAAAUAUUCCUUCUCUUAAAAAAAACUCAAUGUAAAGAGGGUAUAGAAACUAUGGAUCAUAACUGAAUGAAACAUUCUUUAAAUAUUAAAAAUUAUCUGUCUAAUCAAUAUAUUGAUGAUAGGAAACGUAUUAAUGAUAUGUUUUAUUGGGGGUGGGCAGUGAGCUGAGGAUCCUCAAGCAUCUCUUUCUAUUUUUAUUUUG